AUGAAAAUAAGGGUAGAAAAUAUCAAUUUGUCACUUGCUGUGGCACUCACUGCAUUGAGGCUGGUGGGUUUUUGGGCACCGGACAAUUUGAAGGGAACCAAAAAAUUCAUUUAUGAUUGUUAUGCAGUUUUAUCCUUCCUAUUUCUACAAGGCCUGUACCUCAUCACGCAAAUGGCUGAUUUAGUAAUAAUAUGGGGUGAUAUACCAUUAAUGACUGCGACGUCAUACAUUCUAUUCACGAACAUAGCACAAGCUACGAAAUUUAUAAAUCUAGCGACAAAAAGCCGAACGAUAAGGGAAAUCGUUGAUGAUUGUGAUCAAGUAUUGGGAAGCGUUGAGACAGAAGAAGCUAAAAUGAUCGUUAAAAGGUGCGACAAGGAGACCAGAAUUCAGCUGGUGUCAUUCUUCAGCCUGACCCUGUUCACCAUUACAGGGUUUGCUGCCGGUGCCGAGCACGGCCAUUUACCGCUUCGGGCUUGGUAUCCCUACGAUACGGGUAAAUCGCCAAUGUACGAGAUAACAUUCGUACACCAGGUGUACGCAUUAUUCGUGGCAGCCUUCCUGAAUGUGGCAAAGGAUACAAUGGUGACAACCCUGAUAGCACAAUGUCACUGUCGACUCAAACUGAUUAGCUUAUCACUGAGAUCUUUGGGCAAAGAUUUGGACAUUGAGAAUUUGCAUACUCUAAGUCCAAAAUUGGAGAAAAAAUUAAAGGCUCAACUUCAUAAAUGUGCGACGCAGCAUCAGAGAGCUCUGCACGUAGCUCAGCAGCUACAGCAGUGCUUCUCAGCGCCGACCUUCGCUCAAUUCAACGUAUCUCGUAUAAUCAUAUGCGUCAGCGCCUUUCAAAUUGUCGCCCAAACUAAGCAUAUCGUGCGAUUUGUUUCCAUGGGAACUUAUUUGGUGAACAUGUGCUUUCAAGUGUUUUUAUACUGUUACAAUGGAAACCAACUUUCGGAGGAGAGCUCCAAUAUAUCAGUGGCUGCGUACUUGUGUCCCUGGUACAAGAUGUCUCCAUCACUGAGGCGCGAUGUGACCAUCAUCAUGGUUCGCUGCAGGCGAGUAGCACGCAUAACUGCUGGAGGAUUUACCACACUUUCUGUUGCUUCAUUUACAACAAUCGUAAAAGCGUCUUAUUCUUUAUUCACGUUACUGAAGCAAGUGAAUGAUGACAAUUGAAAUAAUAUAAUAUAUCAUUAUCUACUGGAUACCGAAUGCUUCUAUACUUCAAAAUAUAACGUAAAAGAUAUCAUGGUUCUUGUAAAGAACACCAAUUUGCCAUUGAGAUUGGCUCUGUCUCUUAUGAAGUUGCUAGGAUUCUGGUCACCACGUCAUUUGCAGGGCACAAGAAGGUUUAUACUGAAAGUUUAUGUCAUCAUAAUUUCAAAUUUUUUAGUUGGUUUCUACACCGUCACACAAACAAUUGAAUUGUUCCAAGUAUGGGGAGAUAUAUCUUUGAUGACCAGCGCUGCAUUUCUUCUCUUCACCAAUAUAGUUCUAGGGCUGAAACUUCUUAAUGUGCUGUUAAGGAGAGAUGAUAUACAGGCUAUCGUGGAUGAAUCUGACAUGGUGCUGAGAGCUGAAGACAGACAUGAAGGGAGAAUCAUUGUUGAUAGCAUUAACCGCGAAUCCACUCGGCUCCUGGUCUCCUUUCUGUUCUUGUCUGGUGUGACGGUGAUUGGCUGGGGUGUAAGUGCGGAGAAACAUCAGCUACCACUGCAGGCCUGGUACCCAUAUGACAAGUAUAAAUCGCCGGCCUACGAGCUCACAUAUGCUUAUCAGGUCGUUGCUGUCAAUAUUUCUGCGGCAUUGAAUGUUAGUCUGGAUACAUUGGUGACGUCUUCUAUAGCCCAAUGCCGUUGCAGAUUGAGACUUCUGGGGCUGUCUUUGAAGACGCUGUGUCAGGACACAAUCCUCACUGGACGGUGGUCUUUGACAUCAAAAGAAGAGAAGAAUAUCACACGUCGUCUGCACGACUGCAUAGCUGAGCAUCAGGCAGUUCUCAACACAGUAGUCAGAAUACAGGAGACGUUUUCAGAACCAUUGUUUGCUCAAUUCACAGUUUCCAUAUUCAUAAUAUGCGUCACAGCUUAUCAAUUAGUCUUUGAGACAAAAGGUACAUUACGGAUUAUUGCGAUGCUGGCGUAUCUGUUAGUGAUGAUGCUGCAAGUGUUCCUAUUCUGUUACCAAGGGAACGAGCUCAGUGAGGAGAGUACUAAUGUAACAAUAGCUGUAUACACCUGCCCAUGGUACGCGUGCUCGGCCACAGUGCGACGUUACCUCCUCAUAGUGAUGACCCGGUCGGUGCGAGUAGCCCGGGUGACAGCUGGUGGCAUCACCACCCUGUCACUUGCCGCGUUUAUGUCUAUCAUCAAAGCAUCGUAUACAUUUUUUACAGUCCUGCAACAAGUAGGUGGUAGAAAAUGA